AUGUUGAGGGGAUUCAGAAAGCCGAAAUUUUUCACCAAAUGCAAAUCUGAUAUAAAGAUCACGAAGUUGAGGUUUGAGACGAUAAAGAAGAAGAGGAGCGCGGUGCAGAAGUAUUUGAAGAAUGAUAUUGCUGAUCUUCUGAGGAGUGGCCUUGACAUCAAUGCCUAUGGCAGGGCUGAGGGGCUUCUGGUUGAGCAAAAUAUGUCUGCCUGCUAUGAAUUAACCGAGAACUUUAUUGGAUGCAUCUCAAAUAAUCUCUCUCUCAUGCAAAACCAGAGCGAAUGUCCUGAGGAAUGCAGGGAAGCUGUUCCAUCUUUGAUGUACGCUGCAGCACGAUUUGCUGAUUUGCCAGAACUGCGUGACCUCAGAAAUAUGUUUACUGAAAGAUAUGGAAAUUCCCUUGAACCUUUUAUGAAUAAAGAGCUUGUGGAGAGGUUGAAGGCAAAGCCUCCUACAAAGGAGAUGAAGAUUCAGUUAUUGCAUGACAUAGCACAAGAGUUCUCAAUUGAAUGGGAUUCAAAGGCUUUGGAACAGAAACUGUAUACUCCAUCUCCACUUGACCAAGGACAGCGCAGAUAUGGGUCUCCAGGCGACAGUGAUGAUGAUAUGCAGAAAUCACAUGAAAGUAGGGAUAAUUCUUUUCCAAAGAGAAAAAACCAGGAUGCUGGGGACGUAUUGAGCCACAGAACAAAGUAUACUGCAUCAGUAGGAAGUGAAGAUGAAACAACGACAGAUGUAUCCCAAGACGCCCCAAAGUAUUGUUCGAGUUCAGUAGGAAGUACAUCAGGGGAUGAAGCGGAUAACAAGAUGCCCUUCUACUCCAAAUUUGCUCCUCCGCCUUACUACAAACCAAAACCUGAAAGAAAGGAAAGCAGCUUUGAGGAACCCACAAAGUUAAACAGCCAUGUUGAAACAGAUCACCAUAAUGAUGUUUCAGUUGGCGAAGAUGAUCCAAAACCAAGAUCAGUUAGGAGGAAAAACUUGAAACCACCACCCGGUCGUGAGAAUCUUGACAGGAAUGAUCCAAGGGAUGAAGAAGAGAGGGUACUGGAUGGGCUUUUGAUGCAUUACAGUAAGAAACAGUCACCCUAUGAAUCGAGACAGAUGAAGGGCAAUCCAAGUCAAGUAGACAAUGAUGCUGGUGAAUCUGCGAACAGAAGCAGAAGAUCUCAUCGAGAUGCUCCAUCAGCCAGAGCAUCAUCUCUUCCACCAGAGCCAACAUCUCCAAUUGAGGCACCGAAAAGGCACGACAGAACCAAUUCCUUGCAACCAGAUGCACAUGUGCACCCGAAACUACCGGAGUAUGAUGAACUGGCAGCUCGAAUUGCAGCGCUUAGAGGAAUAUAG